AUGGAGAGGGCGCAUCUAGCCAGGGACAUCGUUACGGAGCACUUUGGCGAUGUCAUAGGGAAAGUGGCUGGCGCACUGUUGACGAGGGACCGGUUGCUUAUGCACGAGCUCGAAAGCAUUACGGAGCUCGAGUUCUUGCAGGUGAAGAACAGCUUGCUCGUCCUCAUCCAGCACAAUCUCGUUUCGUUCAUCGAGGAGCACCCAGAGGGCAACCCCCAGGACGUGCAAACGUACUACCAGGCCAGCGUCUCCUUCAUACUGUGGCGUCUUCGCUUCCCGCGCUUCCUUCAAGUGGCCAAACAUCGUUUCGGCGACGAGGGUCGUCUCAUGGUGCAAGUACUGUUGGAGCACGGCCGCCUCACGCACGAUCUGAUCCUGCAGCACGCCGCCCAGGCCGCUGGAUUCGAGCUCGCCGACACGAUGCUCACGGAGUUGAUCAGGCAGCGCUUCGUGGUGCGCGUGCCGGAGGCUCCUGGGCCGCAGCCGGCGGUCGAUAUCUCUACGCAAUUGAACGCCGCGAGAAAGGCCAAGCCUGGCGCUGGCGGAGACGAAGAUGAAGAUGACGGCGUGGGCAUGCGGUCUGGCCUCAGCAACCUGAGCGAAGGCUAUCGAGAAGCCAAGCCCAAGAAGCGAAAGUCGAAGGGUGCCCCAAAAGACCCUCAGCCCAAACGGCAAAAUAUUGACCCUCUCAGCGGCCGAAUAACCGAUGUCUACUGGUGCAUCAACCCUGAGCGCUUCAACAUGCAUUUCAGACAUGAGGCGAUCAUCAAGAUGGUGGAGGAGAAAGUAGAUGCCACCGCUGGCAUCUACCUUCGAGUCAUGUUCAAGAUGAUCGAGCCCUACAUCCAUUCGCUCAGCGACCAUGACUCGGUGUCGGUUUCGACCACCGAGCUGUGGCAGGAGCUUAAAAAGGAGUACUCCUCGGAGGACAUCACCCAGCACUCCGUGCUUCAGUACCUCAACGUUAUGCGGAGCAGACCAUUCUGA